UGCAAAUUGAGUGUCUACGUCAGAUCCUGAACUUGUGCGCCAUUUUUUUCCUCAAUAGAGGAAGAAAGGGACAAAAAGCUGAAGAAAAAUAACUUGUUUUUGGAGUUGGGCGGCUUUUAUCCCCGCUGAUAUCUGACUACGGCGUGUGUAGAAAUGCGCCGGUAGGAGGGACGAGGUUCCAAUGAGCGUCUGGUCGUGGCGGCAGACGCAGCUUUACCGACGUGCAGCGGCGGGCCGGUGGAGGUGGAGAACAUUAGCCCUCCGCUGAAAAAAAGGAGGCAGAGCAGCGACGACUUACGUUAACCUACGCUGAAAAUUGAACGAGGAGCACAAAAACCAUGUUUCAGCUUCCGGUGGGAAAUGUUGAAAAGAUCCGUAAGGCACGAAAGGCAGUGAAGAACAUCUUAAGUGAGAUCGGCUUAGAAGACUGUCAGACCCUGCUAAAGGAUCUCGAUGAAAAGCCAGAGGAGAACGUUGAUGCAGAGGAAGCCUUCAAAGAGACGGACUGGGUGGAUGUCGCGGAGGGAUGCAACAGUCGACAACGGAAGAAGUGGCCCUAUCGAUCUCGAUCCCUCUGCUGCAACCUGUGCAAGUAUUCCUCGCAGAACAUCUACAACUUCCGGAGCCACGUCUCCCGCUGCCAUGGCUACGUUCAGUCCUUCUGUGCGCUCGCUUCCUGCUCGCAAUGCCUCUUCAUUGGCCACCCUAAGGUGGUCAAGAAGCACAUGCUCUUCUUCCACUCCAAAGUUCCCAUCGCAAACAUACAGAAGGAGGGUUCUACAACCAUCUUUCGCGGCAAUGAAAGGUAUCAGUGUCGGAAGUGUGCAUUCCCCAGCUCCUCUAUUUUCGCCAUUAAGAAGCACAUUAUUCUCAAGCAUCUGGACCGUUUGGCGGAGAAGUACAUCGGUUAUCGGUUGCACCAACAGCUGUCGGGAUCCGUAAAGAUAUACUGCUGCAAGGUGUGUAACGUGAACACUGGAACUCUGGACCAAAUGCUGCAUCACAUGCUUGUUGAUCCCGCACACUAUGCAGUCAGCACACAAGUGCAGAGUUUGUUGUACGAAAACAAAAACUAUAACAUUAAAUCGACGCCCAAUGGGAACGGCCUGUUCGUGACGUUCCCAAAUAUUGCUCCGAAGCAGCAGGCUCAGGUGAUCAACAGCAACUCUGUGAUCUUACCAAGUAAUGGUCAGCCUGCAGGUACAGUGGUGGCUCUGCAGUCGGUGCAAGGAACCGCCAACAGCACGACUCUCAUCUGCACCUCGGGAAAUAACCAAACGUUCCUGCCGCCUCAGGCGUCCGCGCUCGUUCAGCUCGCCAGCGCCGAAGCUAAAGGUUUGCUGCAACCCGGAGCCACCAUUGCCCUCCGAGGUUCUGUUCCCCAAACGUCUCCUGUGGUGCUGCCCGCGGUUUCGAACGUGCCACUCAAUCCAGCGCCGAUGAACUUGACUCCUGCUACGGCUCAACCACAGCAGGCUGUGCAAGGGCAGCAGAUAGUUCUUCCAUCGGGGCUGACGGCUGCUGUGGCAACUGGGGCUCGGAUCGGGAGCGGUACAGGGACUUUGUCAGGAAGUUUGACGGGGACGGGAAGUUUGACUGGGAAUUUGACUGGGGCGGGAGGUUUGACUGGGAAUUUGACUGUUAGCUCAACUGGGAAUUUGACUGGGAUUGGGGCUUCAUCGGGAAGUUUGACUGGAAUUGGGAGUGUCGCCAAACCUGCAGCUGUAACACAAAAUCCACCAACAAACCACGUGAACCUCCAGGGUACCAUGCUGACCUCACAGUCCCUGUUGAGCCACCUUAUCCCAACCGGGAACAGGGUGAACGGCAUGCCGACGUACACUUUCGCCCCGAUGGAAGCAGCAGGCCCCACGUCUCAGAGAUCUACUCCUCUCAAGCCUGUCGGCCAAACUAGUAAUUUUGCCCCCCAGACCAAGAAAUGGAUCACUUGUCCCCUGUGCAAUGAACUUUUCCCCUCCAACGUCUUCGACAUGCACAUGGAGGUGGCACAUCCCAAUAAGCCCUCUGCAUCCAAGUGUGAAAGUCUGGCCGCCAGAGCGGCCUUCCUGAAAAAGAUGCCCGACAAAACGGUCAAAUGUCUAACAUGCAAAACUCUAUUGUCAGAGAGGACCGUCUUCCAGCACCUGCUGCACGGCCUCAGCUGCUUGUACUGUUCUAGUAUGUUCUUCUCCAUCCGACAGCUGGCCGAGCAUAUACGGCAGCACAACCCCUCCAGCAAAGCGUACUGCGAUUUCCUGAGGCAGAGAUACAGGGUCUACUCCAAAAGCACAGGAGGGAUCGUGUUCCCCUACUUUGACGUGAACACCACGGCACCCCGGGAGGUCCUUGGGGACUGGGAGGUCAAUCUCGCCCUGGUUACAAACUCCCUGGACCUGAUCUUUUUUAAGUUGCUUCCCAGCAGCCAACCUGAAACCUGUCCCGCACCACUCAGAAUCAGCAACGCUAACUGUCCCUUCUGUUGUGAGAAGUCUAAGAAUCAGUCCGACCACCUCCAGCACUUGAAGCAAAAGCAUUUCGUCGCCCCCACCAUCCACGCAAUACUCAAGACGGAGGCGUUCAAGUGCAUCUACUGCAACGGCGUCUACACGGGCAAGGUCACCCAGCAGGCCGUGAUGCUUCACAUUCAGAGGUGCAGGUGCUCGCCAAAGCCACCGCCGCCUCCACCACCACCCCAACCAGUGCAGCCACUCAAGCCCGUAACGGCGCCACAGCAGAUAAUGAAGCCCACUCAGCAGCUCGGCCAGCCCCACGGACUCUACUUCCUCCAAGUUCCACAGGGGAUGACCGUCGCACAGGCGCUGGCCCCUGCCCGAGUCGUUCCUGCCGCUCGCCCUGUAGAGACUCCAGAAACCGAGGCCGAGCGGCAGUCACAGAAGAGGCUGGAGGCCGCCUUAAGAGAAGCCAUGGAAGCAAACAGGCGAGAGCGAGAACAGCGGGCCGCCAUGCGCAAGAAGCAGGAGCAGGAGAGGCUCCUUCAGGAGAUGCUGCCGCCACCGCCUGAGGUGGAGAUUCCCAGCGACCCGUCCAUCAAGCUCGCGUUGGAACCCACGGCGACGGAGCGCCGCUGCAGCGAGGAGCGCAAAGACUUCAUUUCCAAGUACUUCAACCGCAAUCCGUACGCAACCAAAGCCGAGAUGGAGGAGCUGUGCAGGAGGCUGUCUGUAAACAAAGGGGAGGUGUCGUCCGUCUUUAGCAAGAAGCGCAGCAAGUGCAUGAAGAGCCUGAAGAGAAACACCGCCGUGGUCCUCUUUGGCUUCAACAUGACUUAUCUGAGCAAGGUCAAACACAACCUCCUAAUCCCAGAGCAGAAACCGCCUGCUGACACUCAAGAUCAAACUCCAGCAGAUCCAGGAGAAUCACUGGCGCCCCCUGCUGGAGCAGCAGAGCCCAGCGGACAGGGGGAUGCGUCUGAGCCGAUAGACGAGAGUUCAGCCCCUGCAAACAAAGACACCAAGGAACCCUCAGAACAGACGAGCGGCGACGAAGCCGACGGAACCGUAGAACCCAUGGACGCAAGUGGAACCGAGGUCUCAGAACCUGUGGCUGAAACCAAACCCGACGGGGAUCCGGAACUGUUAAAAGAAAACAGAGCCGAAGUGUCGGAGGCGGAGAAGGAUUCAGAACCGAUGGAUGAAAGCGGAGCUGAAACACUUCCAGAGGGGGAUCAGACAGAACCAAUGGAGUGAGCCGAGGAGCACGGGGAGGACUUUGGGACCUAAAAACUAUCACAAAAUGCACACAUCUGAGUCAAAUGGCCUUUUGAGUUGACUUUACUUCGUGGUGAAAAUGCUUCAGUUCCCAGAAAGUUUGUGUAUCUGAGAGCAUCAGCUACUGUUCCCACCAUCACUAGUGCUUUAUUUGUCAUCAGAAAGAUGUCAGUGGUCUGUAUCUUUAUUGGCUGAAACGUAUAUCUGAAAUAAUCCGACUCCUCUGCUUCAAUAGUAACGUCUGGUUAUACUCCUUUACUCCACAGUGGCAAAUUAUUCUUUGUUUUUGUCUAAUUUAAGCCCAUUUGUAUAAAAAAAUUGUAUUCACAUAUAUUUAGAAGCGAUUUAUUUCAAACCUUUGCUUCAUAAAAUGAUUUCUAUAAGCUGCUUCUUUAAGUUAAUUUUUUUUAAACAUUUAUCCCUCAAGUCCUUUGGGUGUUUCUUCCUGUAGAUUUGUUUCUUCAGAACCCCCAACUUUUUGGACUGUGAUGUUUGCAUGAAGCUGUUUUAUUUACCGUCUGAUUGUGCCAUUGUGAAUCCCACAGAGCUCAUGUAGAACCCGAGUCAUCUCCAUGGGUGUUUAUCGUGUUGCUCCUACUCUUCUGACCACUGUUUUUGUACUAGUUUUUUCUAUAAAAAAAAAAGAAAAACCAACAGAGAUGCACAUGUAAGUAGAUGUAAUAAACUUGAUAAUGUUUCAGCACUUUCUAAUUCUGGGACGGGCUGUCUCAGACCGACCCCCGCCCCAGGGCUAACAUUCAUUCAGAACAGACAGUGAGAAUGGAAAAGGACUGUUUUGAAAAGAGAGAAAUUGCUCAAGUUUUUUGCACAUCGCCUUGCUGCAACCUUGUGUUUCACGUGUCUGUUCUCCACUCUCACUUCGGUGCGUUCUUGGGUCCAACGGGCCGAGGUGUAAGCUGAUUCCUUGGUUCUUCUAGGAAAACCUGAAAGCAUCCUUUCGUUUGUAGUGUGAUUUUAUUUGGCACUGCAACAACCUGGCUGGACCGCCAUUGUCCUUGGUUCCUUUGACAGCUUGGUUUGUAGCGUAGAAAGAGUGCGAACUUUAAUUUUCCUUUUUCCCCCCGUUUUGGUCUCCUUUGUAGCACUCGGCAUAAUGUCAGGAGAUUUAAACUACAUAGAGAAUGUCGACUUUUUUUUCUUCUUUUUUUUGACAAGCAUCCUCACUGGAGGAGCACAGCUUAUGUCAUCUUUUUUUAUUGGCUUCUUCUUGCACAACUUGACAAAUAAAAUGAAUGUUGGUG